AUGGGCACUCUGACUCAGCUGGUUACGGUCGUGUGGAAGGAGCUGUGCGUGCGUGCCAUGCUUCGCCAAGGCUGGUUGUCACUGUCCGAGUGCCUGCUCGGGCCUCUGUUCUGUCUCAUACUCCUGCUAACUACGGGUCCCCCAUUCGCUGAGCGGCUCCGCGAUGUGCCACUCAGCAGCGUCCAAGUGGUUGACUGGCCGUGCACCGUGGCCGACAAGCAGCUGAUCUUCCGACGGGUCGCGUACGCGCCGCACGCACCUUACUCAAUGCGCCUCAUGGAGGCCACCUUUCGCGAGUACAGCCCGGCUGAAGGACUCGUGGGUUUUGAAGAUCCCCAGUCAGUGACCGAGUUCACUCGCACCAGGGCCAACGAUGCGGACGCAUUCGACCUAGUCAUCGUUUUUGACAACCUGCGCAAAACGGAUGACAAGCCUCCGGAGUAUCUGCGUUACACACUGCGUUACAACACAAGCCGGCUUUACCUGCUGGACGACCAUGAUGACCGGCGAGGCUACUACCCACUGCGUCGCGACUACGUGUUACCAUUGCUGUGCCUUUUAGGUGACAGCCACCUGCGUCUCACAGCGCGUGCAUUGGGCCGGUCCGAGCCGCGAUACCUAUGGCGAACUCGCUCCUUCAACACCGGCAGGAAGCCUAUGGUCAUGAUGCACCGGGACUUCAGUGCUCUGGCCUUCGAGCUGGGUGUCGCGUGGCUGCUACUCAACUACGCAGCCGACACAGUUCGCGACAAGCGGCUACGUAUGCGCGAAUUCCGGCGCAUCAUGGGCCAGACUGGUUGCGUCUACUGGGUCGAGGUGCUGCUGCGUGGCCUCGGACCAAUGCUGGCCUCCUGUUGCGGGCUUCUCUUUGUGGUGACCAGCAUGCCGGACCGGUUCGGCUUUUCCUAUCUGCAGUACACGGACCCCACCGUCUUGCUCGCACUGCUCUACACGUACGCGCUGCAGAUGCUCACCUUCGUGACGCUCGUCACCACGUUCUUCACCUCAGAGACGCUGGUCGUGCUGGCUACAUGCUUCGCGGUGCUCGUAUCCUUCCUUCCGUACCUUCUUUUCGUCGAGAUGACCUUCGCUGUCCGACUCCUCUGCUGCGUGCUGCCCAACACGGCGCUACAGCUGGCCAUGGACAUCAUUCUCACCUUCGAACGGGACAUUGCGGGCAUGCAGUGGGACCAGGUGAACGUGAUGUCAGAGCCGGAAGUGCCCAGCCUAGCUUCGGUGCUGCUGGUCAUGCUGUUGUCUGUGACGUUUAACAUUGCCCUGGCUCUGCUAAUGGAUGACCUGCUGCCGCUCUCAACCAACAUCGAUGGACCACGACUCUUUCGAGGAUUCUUGGCAUCAAAGCGACGAACACCGUGGUUGGUUGCUGAUCCUGAGCACGAUAUGUUCGAACCCAGCGAGCACCGACUGGCCGAGCCUCCGGGAAUUUACGUGGAUAACGUGAGCAAGAUAUUCGGUCGCCGGGUCAUUCUGAGCAACGUUCGACUGCGUGUCUACGAAGGUGAAGCUGUAGCUCUGCUAGGCCCCAAUGGAUGCGGAAAGACGACCCUCGCCAACAUAAUUGCUGGAUUCGAGGCACCAUCUGCGGGGGACGUGUUCUUGUCUACGCACAGUGUGCGCCAGGCGCCUCAAGCGGCCCGCCGUCGCCUCGGUUUCCUGCCACAGUCUUGCAUGCUCUUUCCGUACAUGACCAUCAACGAGAACCUGCACUACUUUUCCAAGCUCUGCAAUUCCUCUUGCGAUGCAAAUAUUGUGGGUGACCAACAGCAGAUGACUGCCUUCAACGACGCCUUCCAAGUCGGAUUCCUGCAGGCGUUACGAGAUUACCUCCUGCUGUACGGAUUUCGAGUCCUUCCCAAGCUGUCCUAA